UUGACAGCAGGCGGCGAAGCAGCGGCGAGCGGCGAGGCAAGCGGGUCGAGUCUCGAGUCUCGGAGUCAGCGCUCGACAGUCGAAGCCGGUCUCUCGGUGCGCGAGUAUCGAGGGUGUCGUGGAGUCUCGCCGCGCGAUCCGCGCGAACGUUUCGACGCGUCUGUCAAAGAAUUCGGUUCCGCGCGGGGUGCCCGGGGUGCGCCGUUCCGAACCACGUGCGAUCUUCCUGUGUGCCGUCAGGAUCGCGAGCGGCCGCGAGCGAGCUCUCGAGGCCGCGGAUAAGCUUCCUCCGACUCCCCUCAUCCUCCUCCUCCUCCUCCUCCUCCUCCGUCCCGGUUCAUUUUGGUGGUUGGCCCUGUCCUGUGUUUUGCGCUCGCGUUCGCCGGCGACGUUUCUGCCGUCGCGUGUGUCCAGUGUGCAGAAGUGUGUGAAUGGCACGACGAAAGCGGUGCCGGCGAGAUUACCGCGAGGACGUUCCCCCUGGACGAUUAACUGUUAGAAGAGCCACCGUGGUUCGGAAGCUGACGGGAGCUGGAAGUUCCGCUUCGAUGACGGGAAGGUGAGUCACUGAAUGUGCGCCGCGUCCGACGUCUGAAAGGAUUGCCGCUAUAACGGGCCUGCCCUUCCACUUUCGGGUAAUUGUCACCGAGGCGUGAGUGUCGACGCGAGUAACAGUUUUCCGGCUCGAUUCCCAAAACUUUCACGGUUAUUCGCUGGAGCCCGAGCGACUACGAGGAUAGAUUGUCUUCUGGUAUAGAAAACGGGAGCUGAUGAAUGGCAAGCGGAAGUCGAUCAUCCAGGUGAAUCGGAAGCUGUGAACCGAGGACGUUCCCACAGCGCCACGGAAGAACCGGUGGAACUUUUUGCAAGUAUAGGAUUAAUUCUCGACCUGUCACAGCCUGCGUUAUUAUACGGGCUUUGGAUCUCGAGGACUCGCAAGCAAGACAAUAAUCUUUGCACGCGACCAAAGCGUGCAUCGACUUCCAGUUGGACUUAGAAGAACAGCGUCGGAGAGGGCGAUGCGGUGAUAGAGGGUUACCGACCCCGAAACACACAUAUCAAUUCAUAUCAUACACGCCGCCAUAUCGCCUGCACAUCGAGGCAUAUAUCGAAGCGAGCAGAAGUCCGAAGCCCGGCAGCGAUACGCGAUCGCCGGCGGCUUCGAUCGAGAUAUCGAUCCUGCGCACAGCCGAAAUCUUAUCAGCGGGAAUGGAGGUCCGAAGAUGAUCCAAUCGCGUCGGAGUCGCAUCGAGUGUCGAUCACACGGGUCGAUCGACGGGGAACUGUCGUAACCAGACCGGUCGGAAAACUUUGCGUUCCGCGUGCUUGCCCGGCUAGGCGAGAUUCCACGUAGAGGAGGACCAGGGGGCCGAAGUAAGAGGAUGUUGCUGAGGUAACACGAUUUAUCGAGCCGGCUGAGAAACGACAGUUAAUUGAACCGUGCUCGAUACCGAGGAGAUCGCAAGCUGUCGAAGAGAGAGAGAGAGAGAGAGAGAGAGAGAGAGAGAGAGCAAGAGAGGGAGAGGAAGAGAACGCAAGAGAGAGAGAGAGUGCGCGCAAGAGGGAGCGCAAGAGGGUGCAAGAGAGGACUCCUAGCUGCCCGGAAACUGAGAGUCAAGAAUGGGUUUCCCAAGGCGGAGAUCCCUGUGGCUGAAGGUGGCCAUUUUGGCGACCGCGGUCUGGGUCACCGUCUGCUUCCUGCUCUACACAGAGGACCGCGCCAACGCCGCCGUGCAGGGUUUGGCGCCGUCCGGCGUCGCGGCGCCGCAGAUGGCCAACGGUUUCGUGCCCGCAGCCGCACCGCUUCGAAAGGAGACGCCGCUCAACGAGAAACCCAAGCAGAAGCUGGUGCAGGCCGGCCCCGAGCAAGGUGGUGGAGUACUCGCAGCCCCUCGGGAGCAGGAUCCUAGCGCAGCCGGCGAAAUGGGGAGACCAGUAAUUCUGCCAAAUAACCUAACUGCCGAAACGAAAAAGCUCGUCGACGACGGAUGGUUGAACAACGCGUUUAAUCAAUACGUCAGCGACUUGAUUUCAGUUCAUCGGACGCUACCUGAUCCUCGAGAUCCAUGGUGCAAAGAACCGGGAAGGUAUAUGAAGGAUCUUCCGCCCACGGCAGUGAUAAUAUGCUUCCACAACGAAGCGUGGUCAGUAUUGUUAAGGACGGUUCAUUCGGUGCUGGACAGAUCGCCGGAGCAUUUGAUCCAAGAGAUCAUCUUGGUGGACGAUUACUCCGACAUGCCUCACCUGCAACGCCAGCUGGAGGACUAUAUGAUGAACUACCCGAAGGUGCAGAUCAUUAGGGCGCAAAAACGCGAGGGCCUUAUUAGGGCGCGUCUGUUAGGGGCGGCAGCCGCGAAAGCUCCUGUGCUGACAUACCUGGACAGCCAUUGCGAAUGCACGGAGGGCUGGCUGGAGCCACUUCUCGAUCGAAUCGCGAGGGAUUCGACGACGGUCGUGUGCCCCGUGAUCGACGUGAUCGACGACACCACGCUCGAAUAUCACUGGCGUGAUUCGGGCGGCGUCAACGUGGGCGGUUUCGAUUGGAAUCUCCAAUUCAAUUGGCACGCGGUACCAGAGAGGGAGAAAAAGAGACACAAAAAUCUCGCGGAACCGGUGUGGUCGCCGACCAUGGCCGGCGGCCUCUUCUCGAUAGAUCGAGCUUUCUUCGACCGCCUUGGCACGUACGACAGUGGUUUCGACAUUUGGGGCGGCGAAAAUCUCGAGCUUUCGUUCAAAACCUGGAUGUGUGGAGGCACCCUGGAGAUCGUGCCGUGCUCGCACGUGGGCCACAUCUUCCGGAAACGUUCGCCGUACAAGUGGCGCAGCGGCGUGAACGUGCUCAAGAGGAACAGCAUAAGGCUGAGCGAAGUGUGGCUAGACGAGUACGCCAAGUACUACUACCAGAGGAUAGGUCACGACAAGGGCAACUUCGGGGACGUAUCGGACCGUAAAGCGCUGAGGAAGAAGCUCGGCUGCAAGUCGUUCAAAUGGUACCUGGACAACGUUUAUCCGGAGCUCUUCAUACCAGGCGAGGCCGUGGCUUCCGGCGAGGUACGCAACCUCGGAGAGGGAGGCAGCACCUGUCUGGAUUCGCCGGCACGCAAGGCCGACUUGCAUAAACCGGCCGGACUCUACCCCUGCCAUCGACAGGGCGGAAAUCAGUACUGGAUGUUGAGCAAGACCGGCGAGAUCCGUCGAGACGAGUCGUGCCUGGAUUACAGCGGCACCGAUGUCAUCCUCUAUCCUUGUCACGGCAGCAAGGGGAAUCAACAAUGGAUAUAUAAUCCUCAGACGAAGCAGAUCAGACACGGCAGCAGCGACAAGUGUCUGGCGAUCACGGAGAGCAAGCAGCGGCUGGUAAUGGACGAGUGCUCGCCGACAGCCGCGAGGCAAAGGUGGUCCUUCGAGAACUAUGACCCAACGAAGCUGUGAUAUCGCGCCUUUUCACGUCGCCAGUCGCGGAACACCGGCCGGAAGUUCGAUCGUCCCGGCACAUGGAUCUCCGACCAACGGUACUCGGUCGCUAAGACCCGUUUCGGUAGAUAGAUCCCGUGGUCUCGGGGCCGCGAGGCCUCGAUCCAUCGUCGACUGGACGCCCGGGCGAAGACGAAGAGGACGAGAAGGGCGGCGCGGCUUUCCUCGGGGAGCUCGCCGGCCGAGAAAGAAACCGGGAAUCCUCCGGGAACGAGGCUUCGGGAGGCCGAGAGGAGACGCACCGGCCGCCGAUCGCCGGCUUCCCGAGAUUAUUCGGGCAGACGCAAGUGCAAUAGAUUCGUCGACUUGAGGGCGACCGAGGAGGGACUUACGCCUUCGGCGAAACAGCGACUGAUGUACAAUAAGGGGCGCGAGAGAGUCUGAGAGCUGGCCCGUGUUUCGGCCACGCUUUCGCUGGCAUUGAACGAUCGAUUUGUUCUCGCGGAACAGUUUGGCCCGCGAGGGUUUUAGUAUUAGCUUGUUGCAGACGGACGAUUUUACUCGACGACCCGAGAUCAACUCCGGAUCCGGAGUCCGGAUUCUAGGAUUUGUUUGCGAUGUUCGAACGGCCGUAGCGAACACAGUCUUCUCGUUUCGACGAUCCUUUCGUUCGCUCUGUUACGAGAGACGGAAAGUCGAACGUUCUUUAGCUGGUACGGUUUUGUAAAUAAUUCGACGCCGGUGGAAACCGAGCCAUCCUGCAUUUACUUGCGCGAACCGUGAAUCGUCGCGACCGAACUUUUUACGCGGAUAGCCUUUAUCGAUCGCAGUUGUUUCGUCGCUGUCGCAAGCUCGCGGUGCGAAUGAAUUUGACGCGCUUUUAUCGGGAAAGCUGCGGACGAUGAACCCGAUGAUCAUCUUCACCCGUGAAAGUAUCGUGGUAUAUACUUCGGAUGCAACAACCUAAUAUAACGUUGGAAUGAUCGGAGAUUGUUCUUUUAAUUUUGUUCCCUGUUAAUCAGAGACUCGAGUUCGUUCAUUGGAUUUUCAACGAUGUUUGUCGAGGUUUUAUUGUUGCUUUCUUUUUAUUCGGUUGCAGAGUUGACUCUGGUUACGUUUGACAAUUUUUAAUCGAUCGAUCGGACGCGACGAGUUUUGCACCCUUGUAGAAUACACGCGGACGGAAACGAGGGUUCCAACGGCUGAUUCUGUAGAUUAAGACAAUAAUUAGGUUGUCAAUGCGUCAGUGGCAGCGAAACGCGUGUCGGAAGUAUGCGUUCCUUACGAUUCGAUUCCUUCUCGACGAUGGCCGAACGAACGCGACCGCGUCGAUCUCCGAGGAGGCAGCCUCGAUCGUCGCUUUCGUUCGACCGUGGACGUUUCAAUAAGGAUCGAGAACUGUUCGUGGAAGCUGCUUGCGGCGUGUGCCAUCACAGGGAAAACGACGUGUCGCGAUUCUAUCUGUUGCGCAACGAAUCGUUGACUGGCCAACGACUGCGAAAUUUCAAGCGCGAUUCUACAAAUGUUUGGCUGCGAAACGAACUCCGAUGGAAAUCCACCGACAGAUGUCGCGAGACUUUCUAAAGUUACCGAAGUCUUUCCGUUUGUUCCUUCUCUGUAAAUUGUAAACCUUCGCUGAAUAUUUUAAGUGUUCGAAAUUUUGAAUAGGUUUGGAAGAAGGCCAUCGCUUUCGUAGAAGCAUACAGCGAACGAUGUAGAAAAAUUGUUGACAACGUUAUUUAAUCGUAGCCGAUGUUGCAUCGAAUUUGUUUCGCGUUGAUUUUCAUCGACGAUCUCUUGUUUCGAGAUUUUACGAUUUGUUCUAUCUACCUACAUAUCAAAUGAAUUGUUACGAGUACCGCUGUUCGAAGAAUCAAGAAUCCAACUUUUGGGACAGCUGGGCGAAUUCAUUUUUAUCUGAAAUAAUGUUUCAAGGUGUACGCUAACGUUAUCAACCCUUUGCACUCGAAGCUGUUUUAACUGUAAACCUAAAAUAAUUUUUCUGACUUAUAGCAUUUUCAUGUUAUACGAUAUUAUGAAAUUGAGUCUUGUGACCUCGCGCGACAGUUACACUUUUUACACAAUUUUGUCGAUCUGAACUUCGUUGAUACAAGAAUUAUUUUAGAACGUGAUGUAACAAAUUUUAGCGGUGUCUCGGAGUCGUCAUCUCGAGUGCGAAGGGUUGAGCCUUGAGCUCGAUGAAUUUUCCUCGACAUAUCACGUCGAAUUUAAGAACUUCGAUGCGUAGAAUCUCGGAAUUCUAUGCAUUACAUUCCUGCAUAUCAGUAUUCAACGUUUAAUCUCGAAGUCGAUCACGUUCGCCUAUAUUUUAACCAAACGCAAAAAGUAAAUUACUAUUUAGAACAUUUCAUAAAUCGGUUCGUAUUUUAUGCGACGGUUCUUCAUCGUUUCGAUCUUAGAACUUUUGAAGCCGGAACUUGAAAUCGAGCUGAGAAAAAAUAAGGAAUACGCUACGCAUUCUCCGUAGAAUAAUUUCGAAAAAUAAUUUAUCGCUUCGAGAACGAUAUCAAUCCCUUCAAAAAUUGUCCAUUAUAUAUCGUUUAAUUUGAAAAGAAAUAUAUCUUUAUUUGAAUUUCAGCUAUAUUUACGCUGGUUUGGAUAAUAUCGUCGAAGUAUAAAAAUCCAAAGGGGGUUGAAAAGUCGCUUGGCUUCAUUUCCCGAAGAAAAUGUAAAAAUACCUGCAGAGAUGAGUCGGCUAGUUCGAAGGUAAAGUCCUUAGUCUGUUCGAAGUAAAAUUAGACAAUUGAUUAUCGAGAAUGCUUUCGAAAGCGUGUGCGAAUCAAAACCCGAAGAAGUGUGUAGAAUGGAUCAGCCAAUCGAUGAUUCGUCGAUCGUCCCUUGCAUCUCUGUCGUGCUCUCAGCGAUAUAUCGUACAUUCCAGUGUGGUCGGGAACGACGUUGACUACGAUCCCGAGUUCGUGCGCGACGAUAACAACCCUUUCUCCGAGUAAUUUAGAUCACGUGUAGCGUGUAGGGACGAGGAGAGAGAAUGAGAGAGAGAGAGAGAGAGAGAGAGAGAGAGAGAGAAAGAGAGCGGAGGAGCGACGGUAUACAUUCCGAUACUGUCUAGGAAGACUUUUGUACAUUCGUGUAAAGUAUCUCGAUGCCAGUUUAGAUACCGCCUAACGUAAAUUUUUCCGGGUGUGUAAUUACGAGUGUAUGUGCGAGAGAAUAAAUCAUUUGCAGAGUGCGUGAUCCUGA